GGGUGUGAUCAGUUGGAAGUUGUAGAUUCAGAUCACCAUGUCUCAGCAAAUUCAACAGGAGUCCUCUCAAAUUGUGCAAUGUCCACAAGAGUUGCAGCAAUGCGAGCAGCGAAGUGGACAAAUAACCCAGCAGACGGCCCAGAUCGUCGAACAGCAAACUGGACAAUGCGAACAAACUGGCCAGUGCGUACAGCAAACUGAACGGUAUGAACAGCAGACUGACCAGUGCGACCAAACUGGCCAGUGCGUCCAGCAAACUGAACGGUAUGAACAACAGACUGACCAGUGCGAAAAGACUGGCCAGUGUGAGCAGCAAACCAGCCAGAGUGAAUGGACUAAUAAGAAUAAGUCCGGAGCAAUGAAGCAGCCUUGUGGUGCUGCUGAUGACGCCGCCGCUCUGAGGAAAGCAAUGAAAGGCGCUGGCACAAACGAGAAAGUGAUUAUCGAAAUAAUCACUCAGCGCACUUGCGUUCAGCGACAGGAAAUUAUGAAGUGUUACAACAAGGAAUUUGGCAGGGAUUUGAUUGCCGACCUGAAAGAAGAGCUGGGUGGACACUUUGAAGAUGUCAUUGUGGCACUCAUGACUUGCCAGCAUGAGUUUCUGGCAAAGGAUCUGCACAAGGGAAUUAAGGGCAAGAUGUGGGGCACUGUCGUGGAAAUCCUGUGCCCAAGGAACUCCCAUGAGAUCAAGAAAAUUUCAGACAUUUACUGGACUAUGUUUGAUGUUUCUGUAAUUGAUCACUUAUCUGCUGAAAGCCAAAACGAGCUGCAAGAUCUCCUCAUUUUAAUGUCACGCGGUCUCCGAGGAACCUCUAUUGAUCCUGACAAGGCUAGGCAAAAUGCUGUGCACCUUUAUGAUUCCCCAAGCUCCAGAAUGCAGGAGUCAACUGCAAAGGGUGUAAAGAAAGCUGCCCCUCUGAAAGAAGCCAAGAAGGAGCUGAAUAUUGUGCUGUUGAUUGAGAUUUUGACUCACGACAGCUACAGCCAGUGCCAAUUGACCUUCAAGGAGUUUAAAAACAUCCACGGCAUGUACAUCGACGAUAUUGUCCAUAGUGAGACGGCCGGUGACUUGCAAAAGGCCCUCCUUACUUCUAUCGAUUGCUGCAGGAACAUUCCAAACUUCUUUGCUAAUCGACUGCAUAAGGCGUUCGACAGAGCUGGCACUGAUGACGUUACUCUGAUCAGAAUCAUCGUCAGUCGUUUUGAGGUUGACUUGGAUGAAAUCGCUAAAGCCUAUGAGAGGAGCUAUGACAAAGCCCUUACCAAAGCCAUCGAGAGUGAAACCUCUGGUGACUACAAGAGGGCCCUCCUGGCUCUGGUUGCAGGAUUUUCUCUCAGAAAAUUGAAACGCUAAAUUUUUUAAUUCUAAGAUAGUUGAUGAAGAAAUAACUUGCCUUAAUCUUCUUGCAAUUCAUUGAAAUGUUAUAGCAAUAAAGAAUCUUUGCAAUAAAAAUUUAUAAAUUCCUUUUAUAGGUUUUAUAUGUACGUAUUGAUGCUUUUAAUAAAAAAUUCAUAAUUAAUA